GGAACUAAUGAUGAAAUAUCAUUGCCAUCCCUGUGAGAUAUUAGACAAUUAAUUUGUUUUCAGGAUCACCAGGUUAUAUGACAGGGGAAUAAACAAAACUGAAAAAUUAUCAAAAUUUAUUAUUUUUGUAGGCAUAAAAGAGGUGAACCAGAAAGGGAGAAAGACAGUAGAAUGUCAGGCAACAAAGAAAGGAAGAGUCAAGGAGUUCCUGAAGAAGCUCUGGCUAACCAAGGCACAUCUUCAUUAACUGAUGCAGUAGAACAAGUUGCAAAACAACAACAAUCACAAACAUCAGAAAUAGAAAAAAACAAAAAAGUUCUAUUACAUUUGCAGAGUGAACUCCGUGAGCUUAAAAAGCAAAUAGCAUCUGUCUCUGCAGAAACUAAAGAAACAGAAAGGCAAAUUUAUCAGCAGGAUGCUGCCAUAGAGAAUGCCAAACUUCAGUGUGGGAAUCUGGAAACUCAAAUCAAAUCCUUACAUACAGAAAAUGUAAAGCUUAAAUUUGACAUAGAAGCAGCCCAGGAACACUUUGAGGAAUAUAUGAUAAAAUAUAAUGAAUAUUAUACAAAAAUAAAAGCGCAUAAAGAUAGUUUGGUGGAGGUAGAAAGCAAGUGGUCACUGAUGACUGCACUCCAUGAAAAACGAGAGCUUGUUAAAAAACUAAAAACAAUGAAAGACGAACUUAUGCAAAAUCUCCAAAAUCCAGAAGGAAAUCACAUAAAACAAGUACAGGAAGACAUUACAAAGCUAAAGGAUACAAUUAUCACUGUAAAAGAAUCUAUCAUUGAAAAAACUUAUUUUCUUGAGGAAGAAAAAAAGACACAUGAAAAAAUAAGAAAAGAAAUAGAGGUGCAACAUAAGAGAUACAGUGCAAUUCUUAAGCGUUUGCAUUGUCAGCUGAACAAGCUUCAGUCAAAUAGAAGACAAUGGCAAUGGAACAUUCACCAACUAGAAAAAACUGCAGCUGAACUAAGAAAACGCAUUGGAAUGAAAGAUUAACAUGGCCAAAGGGCAAUGUAGAACACAGACUAUUUAAAAAAAAAAAAAAAAAAAAGGACAAAAGGUUGAGAAAAUUCUUU